AUGGGUUGCAACACAAGUUCAGAAGCUAAGUCUACAAAAGAAGAGAAAGACGCUCAGGAAAAUCAGGAGAAUACAAAUACAGAGGAGAAACAAAAACAACCAGCAGAAGAGAGUCAAACCUCAGAAGCGGAAGCUGCGACGAAAAUCCAGGCGGCGUUCCGUGGUCACCAGACAAGGAAAUCAAUAAGUAUGAAGGCGACCAAACCGAGCCAGGAGCCGGAGCCGACGAAGUCAGAACUAGAGGCGGAGUUCCGAGCCGAUGAUAAAGAAUUAUGCAACGCCGCAACCAAGAUCCAGGCUUCAUUCCGAGGUCAUCAAGCUCGCAAGCAAACUCAGGUCGAGACAAAGGAAACGAAGACCCAGGAAGAACAGGAUAAGGAAGACAUAGAGAAGAUCGAUCUGACAGAUCCUGACCUCAACAAGGCCGCGACCAAGAUCCAGGCUUCGUUCCGAGGUCACAAAGUUCGCAAAGACACCACUAAUUAA